UCUCUCAUCUCUCUCCUCCAUUAUGUAGGUCUUCCUCUGUCUGUUGUCUCAGUGGAAGCAGACAGCGUGUUCAGCAGCAUAAUAUUUGUGGAUUACUGGCCUAGUACGGCUACUGAGGAUGCCCUACACAGCCAGGGUCCGAACCACAGCAGCACACAGGUCCAUCUACUGGUCACCUGUAAGAGUGGAGCAUGUCAUCGAGUCGACGCAGGAAGAGGACUGGACUCUCAUAAUGUCACACAACUAUCAGAAAGACCAUCAGAUCCAGGCUGUUUCUCUGUGGUGACUGCUGCUGUUCCGUUCCUCCAGCGCCUGGCUCUGAUCAUGCAGAGGAAUGGGAAGAUCCUCCUCCAAGACAUGGUAGACAGGAGAGUAGUGUGCUGCUUCUCCCUCCCAGACACUCAUCUCCUGGCCAAUCCCUGGAAUCCUGUGUUUCUACUGGACCCCACACAGCAGUCUCUGCUCAUACCAGGUGAUCAGCGUCCCGGUCCUGACAGUGGGGAGGAGGGGGAGGACAGAGGGAGUCGACUCUUUGUGUUCCGUCUCCGAGAUGCUGCGGUCGUCAAGCCGUACAGACACGAAUAUGUCGGCAGAGCAUCAUCACCCCAGGGCCAAUCAGGGACAGGCACCUCUAACUUGGAGGAAACAUGCAACCUCUAUUUCCAACAAAG